AUAUCUGCAGCUGAGGCUUCAUCACAGAUUUGAGAUAAGGUUGACACUUAAGAUUACAUGAAUUUUUGAAUGUUAAAACAUAUAUUAAUCACUUUUCAUCUUAUAUAUAUACAAGUUUUUAGUAAAUAAAAGUUUCCAGGUGACAGGUCUACAAUUGUGGUUAAUCUUGAACAAAAAAAUACAUCCAACAUGAGUGCUGGAAACCCCCAGCAUCAAAGCCUUGAUGUAGAAGAGGUGAAUUUUGUGGACACUCUGAGUGCCCACAACUAUGGGGAUGUGAGUGGGGAGCUCACCCUGCCUGGCACAGUGGGGAGAGAAGACCCAUCACAGUACAACACUUUAGACGAGCCUAUAAAAGAUACUGUGAUGCGAGACUUGAAGGCCGUUGGAGUGAAGUUUUACCACGUCUUGUAUCCCAAAGAGAAGAAAUCAUUACUUAAAGAAUGGGACCUGUGGGGACCACUGAUCCUCUGCACCUUCCUUGCCGUGAUGCUGCAGGGUGAGGCGCAGAGCGUGGUGCUGCCAGACGGGCGCGAGAUACACGACGGAGGGCCGCAGUUCGCUGAGGUCUUCAUCAUUGUGUGGGCGGGCGCCGCGGUCGUCACCCUUAACUCCAAGCUGCUGGGUGGCAACAUAUCGUUCUUCCAGUCGGUAUGUGUGUUGGGCUACUGUCUGCUGCCCGGCUGUUUAUCCUUGAUCGUGUGUCGCAUACUGCUUUUCUUCUCGCACUCGACCGUGGCAUUCAUCAUCCGCUUCCUUGUAUCAUGCCUGGGUUUUGCUUGGGCAACGUUCGCUGCCAUGAUGUUCCUGAGUGACUCGCAGUUGCAGGCACGUCGCGGCCUCGCAGUUUACCCCAUCUUCCUGUUCUACCUCGUCAUCUCCUGGCUCAUCGUCUCCAACACCAGCUGAUCUGUUAGUCCAGCUCAUCGGUGUAGCUCCACCUAAGUCUGAUAAUUGAAUGAAAAUUAGGCUUAUUAUUACUUCCUUUACUACCGGUACCGUACUGAUAUUCGUGUAUGUCUUCAUGCGGGAUAUUUUGGAUUGUUACUUUUUUAGGUACAAUUCUUUUUGGUACAAAUAGAAACAAGAGCGAUGAUUGAGGCCUGACGUAAUGCCGGUAAUUCAGAGUCAAUCUUAAUAACAACUCAGACUUUGUAUUUAUUAGGUGUGGAGGAACAAAUUAGUUAGCAGAUGCAGUGCAUACAAACCUUAAGAAUCCUUGAAGCAGGUAAAGAUGUGUUUCUUGUAACCUUCUUGGGUCAUUCAAACGUGAUUUUCUGCCCUGCUUUUUAAAAAUUUUCUGCCAAAACGCUCGUGCAAUAUAAAAAAAAAAAGUUUGCUCGCUAUCUGAACCUGCGUUUGACGUGGCUUAAUGUUCCAGCUCUUAAUAGUUAGGGUCUCACCAUCAUGGAGUUUUUAAUUAAUACCUACCUUACGCGCUAGUAAACUUGCAAUCGAGCAUCUCUUCUUCUAUCAACCAGAUAAAAUUUUUUGCUGUUUUCUUUCAACUUUUGUAGUAAAAUUGUGCUAAUUUUGCUAUAGUGUAUUUCAUGAAAUCAAAUAACUUGGGAAAAUAAGUUUCUGAAUAGCACUUUUUGUGUACUGUGUGGCUUGUUGAUGUUGGAGCAGAGCUGAAACUUUGGAAAAAUAUGUGUCUUCUUGUAGAAAUGUACAGUAGUGCUCGAGUUAGGUUUACGGUGUCGAUUAUUAUAAUAUAAUCUUAUAUAUAUUCAAAUGUGCACCUGUUUUCAGCGUGUUCAUGAGAUUUCGGCUUCUAUUAUAUCUAUUACUGAUAAAAUAUUUUAUGAGUGUUAUGUAAUUUUAUUUGUAGACUUUUUCUAGUUGGUUUUGAAAAAAUAUUGUUGCAUUCCUAACAUAUUUUGCGCACCACACUUCCACCUAUUAUUAGGUUUUAUUUUCACUUCGGUAUGCGGCGUCCAUAACAUGUCGAUAUCAUCAGUGGGUCGAUAUCAUCAUUUCUCAUGGUAACAUGAUUACCAUGAGAAAUCUUUGGUAAUUUUGGACUGAUAUAAUGGUAGCCAAUGUUUCCUGUCAUCCAGAGGCGAUUGUAAUCUUAUGCGAAUAGUGAAUUUUUUCACUUCUUCCCGGGAAAAUGCUGCUUAAAAUAUAAUUAUUCAUGUACUUUUUUCAUAUUCUUAUGUAUCCGAUUGAGUGGCUAUCUUUUCGUUACAUUUAAUUUAUUUCCUAAUUUAUUGCAUUCAAUUUUUGAGUAAUAACCUCGCAUUAUUUUGUCUCAGAGCAAGGCAGAGUCCAGCAGAUGAUAAGCUAUAGGAAGCAUAACUAUCAACAAGAAAAUAUUUGUUAGUAAAGUUGAACGUUUAUU